CGUAACAAGCGCAGCGUUUGUGGCUUAACAUCUGCGCUGCAAAGCACGCUCCAACCUCCAGUUUGCGGCGCGCCGUAACCGCAAAUUCUUGGGAGCGCGUGGAGGUCUCGUUCAACAAAGACCCAACCAUCAUCACAAACAUUCAAGCCGUCCCAAGGAGAUUGUUUGACAAGCUCACCUCAUCCGCAGAGACCUUUGACAAUCAAUCAGUUGGCAUUGUAUUCUGAUUUUUCUGGCUAUUGAAACCGUAUCUCGUCCAACCAUUGCUUCGGCCUUGCGCCUAAGCACGACCUUGCCUUCGCUCACGACUUCAAGCUCCCUGCGUCGCGCACAAUCACAUUGACACCUUCGCGCCCAACUUCGACAGGAUAACAGCGAAGAUGUUCGGACAACCGACUUCGGGGGCCUCCUCGAACAACACCACUUCCACUGCCCCAGCGGCGAGUCCCUUUGGAGCAACAAGUGGCACGCCAUCAUUCAGCUUCGGGAAACCUGCUUCGGCGCCGGGUACGAGUGCUCCCAGCAGCGGUGGUCUCUUCGGUGGUGUGGGCAGCACGACUACGGGUUCCGGGGGAGGGCUUUUUGGCAACAACACAACCGCUACAACCUCUGCUCCAAGUGGUGGGCUUUUCGGUGGCGGUGGUAGCACUGGCAACACUGGCAGCACGGCACCGGCGAGCGGCGGGCUCUUUGGAAACGCUUCCAGUACAGGCAACAAACCGGCGAACUCGAACCUCUUCGGCGGCGGCGGCUCUUCCUCGACGCCUAGUUCUGGAGGCCUGUUUGGUAAUGCCCAGAGCAGCACUGGCGCAAACGCGCCCGCGAGCUCAACGCCCGCUACAACUGCGCCCAGUUUUGGCGGCUUUGGGAACGCCACUUCAGGAAGCAGUGGAAACCUCUUUGGAGGAAGCAAGACGUCCAAUGAGAACCAAACGGGUGAUGCCGCAACCACUCCUGCAAAGCCUCUGUUUUCUUUAGGGGGCUCGACAACACCUGCAGGGCUUCCUCCCAUGGGUCAGAGCAAGGACUCUGGCGCUGCCCCUACACCCAGUCUCUUCGGUAGCAACAAACCAGCUGGAGGCCAACCCUCGUCUUCUAAUCUUUUCGGAGCAAACAACAAGUCUGAAACCACAUCAACCUCCGGCGCCUCUCAGCCUGCGGCUGCUGCUACUACGGGUCCAUCUCUGUUCGGCGCGAAACCUUCAUCUGGACAAUUGUUCGGCGGUGGCUCAGGUUCUACUCCCGCAAGCUCUUCAACAACUGCUGCAGCACCAGCUGCGACUUCCGGGUCGCCCUCGCUGUUCGGAGGCGCGGCAGCAUCAAAACCUGCUGGAGGAGCUUCGACCCCAUCCGCUGCGGCUGCGCCUGCGACCAGCUCUGCUCCGAUUCUCUUCGGUGCGAAGCCGGCAGCGGCGACGCCGGCGACAUCGUCAGCCGGAACUCCAAGCCUCUUCGGAGCGAAACCUGCGGCCACCACGUCUGCUUCGUCAACGACGACAGCUACCGCCGGAACCACAGGCCCCAGCUUGUUUGGUGCGAAACCUGCGGCGGGCACAUCGGCAAUCGCUGCCUCGACCAGCGCAACAAGCCAGCCUGCUACGACUAGCACUGCCGCGCCUGCAACCUCUGGCACCCCUAGUCUCUUCGGGGCUGCCAAACCGGCUGAGACCAGCACAGGCACUGAGGCGGGCAAGGCCCCGGCCUCGAACUUGUUCGGCGGUGCCAAGCCUGCGGAGCCUGCUGGUGACAAGAGCAAAGAUGCUGCAGGUGCUGACGCUUCCAAGCCCACAACCAAUGCACUUGGGGCAUCAACUGCUGGACCUCCGCCCCAGAUUGCGACCUUGAAGAACAAGACUAUGGAGGAUAUUGUGACGCGAUGGGCCAAUGAUUUGAACAAGUACAAGAAGGAAUUCAAGGAGCAGGCGACCACGGUAUCCUCGUGGGACCGACAACUGGUUGACAAUGGCGAGAAGAUUCAAAAACUCUAUCUCGACACAUAUGAGGCGGAGCGCGCAAGCCACGAGAUCGAACGGCAACUAGCUGCCGUUGAGGGCCAGCAGGACGAGCUCGAAAAGUGGCUGGACCAUUACGAAAAUGAAGUCCAAGACAUGUUCUCAAAGCAGGUCGGUCCCGGUGAGCAGCUCGGUGGACCCGAUCAGGAGCGUGAGCGCACCUACAAGUUGGCGGAGAAACUCACCCAGCAAUUGGAUGAAAAAUCACGAGAUCUGACCAAGAUGGUCACGGAGAUCAAUGACAUCUCUGGAACGCUCAACAAGAGCUCCAAACCCGAGGAUCCGUUGAGCCAAAUCGUGCGUGUCCUCAAUGGACACUUGACCCAAUUGCAAUGGAUCGACGAGAAUGCCUCCUCUCUGCAGUCCAAGGUUGCUUCUGCCCAGAAAUCGACAAGCAACAUGGGAAGCCACUACGGCGUCGGGGACAGUGAUGCCGCCGAGAGCUUCUAUCGGUCAUACAUGGGUCGAAGGUAGGAAGGUUUUCCCGCUCCGGACAGGGCAUAGUAGACAUUAUGGAGUUUAUGGAUUGCAAAUUAUUGUGCAAGGGAGCUACUUGGGCAAUGGCACAAACGUUGGGG